AUGGCCCCUGUUUGGCCAUGGUUGAGCGCCUUCCUGGCUGCCCUGCCAGUGGUACUGGCAGGACAUGGUGACCCCAUUGCCCAGAAGUAUAUUGUCGAGUUUGUUGAUUCUACAACUUCGUCUGCUAGCUUCCUCACUACUCUGAAGGACUUAGGCAUCCCUGCCACUCUCAACCACGACUUGUCCUUUGCUCUUUUCCACGGUGGUUCCUUCACUCUGCUGGACGACAACCAGAACGAGAGGGCAAUUGUCAAGCAAAUCUCCUCAUGGCCCGUGGUCAAGAAGGUCUCUCCAGUUCGGGAGCUGCAUCAGCCUCGGAGUGAGGUCUCUACUGUGGCCCACGGCGCGGCUGUCCGCCGUAGUGUUACCUCUCACGGCAUCCGACGCCGUGAUCCUACUGGCCAUGAAGGCAACGACUACCCUCACAUCAUGGUCGGAGUUGAUAAGCUUCGUCAGGAAGGCUACCUAGGAACUGGUAUCCGCGUGGCGGUGGUUGACACGGGAGUGGACUACAAGCAUCCUGCUCUCGGAGGCUGCUUUGGCAAAGGCUGUCUGGUGGAGUUUGGCUUCAACUUCCUAGAGAACACUACCGACCCAUGGGAAGGUCGCGACGGACACGGAACUCACGUCUCUGGUCUGAUUGCCGCUCAGCCCAAUCCUUACAACUUCACUGGCGUGGCGCCGAAUGUCACCCUGGGUCAUUACAAGGUCAUUGGAAAGCAUGUGGUAAAUACCGGCACUGAUAUCGUCGCCGCCGCUUUCAUGAAGGCCUACGAAGACAAGGCAGACAUUAUUUCCGCUUCCUUUGGUACGUACAAAGGCUGGAGUGACGAGCCAUGGGGCCAGCUAGUUCAAAAGUUGGCCGAGGCUGGUCUUCCUUCUUUCAUUGCAGCUGGCAAUGACGGAAGCUACGGUCUUUUUCUCUCCUCCAAUGGUGUCGACAACUCUGCCGGCAUUGGAAUUGGAUCCGUCAACAACUUGUAUAGCCCUCUCCUACUGACUGGCGCCUCUUAUUCAACCCGAAACACCACCAAGGCAUUUGGCUGGCAGCUCGCAGGUACCUCUGACUUCAAGAAUGGCACAUAUGCCCUGUACCCAAGCAGCCUCAAUGCCUCAGUCGUUGGCGAUUCCUGUGAGCCCUGGACGGGCAAUCAUCCCAACCUCACUGACAAGAUUGUUCUGAUCCGCUACGGUGGCUGCCGCGGCAGUCAGCAGCAGGCCAACGCCGUCAAGGCCGGUGCUAAGAACAUCCUCUUCUACAACAAUGAGCCUGGUACCUAUGAGCUGCCGGUUUCGAACCCUGCACUCACGGGCUUGGGCAUGGUAUCUGCCCAGACUGGCGAGAAGUGGGUGAAACUCGCCGCCUCUGGCGCCAAUGUCACCCUCCACAUGAUCAGCGAGAAAUACGCGAAGACCAUCUUCAUCAACGAGACUAACCCUCAAUCCGGUGGUCAAAUCAGUGAAUUUACUCAGUGGGGCCCCAGCAACGAGAUUCUCCCCGUGACGGCCGUUUCUGGUGUAGGUGGAUCCAUCUUGUCGACUUGGCCAGUCCCCGUGGGCAGCUAUGCCGUGGAGAGUGGUACCUCGAUGGCGACCCCCUUCGUUGCUGGCUGCAUUGCUCUCUUGAUGGAGGCUCGUGGCAAGGGCAAGGUUUCUCCUGCCGAGAUCAAGUCUCUACUUUCGACUACUGCCAACCCUAACGUCUUCCAUGACGGUGUUACAGCGUCCCCCUUCCUGGGAUCCGUUGCGCAGCAGGGUGGAGGUCUCAUUGAUGCUUACAAGCUUGUGCACACCGCCACCAAGUUCAAUGUGAGCACUAUCUCGUUCAAUGACACCCAGCACAUCGUCCCAGCCUAUAUUCAGAUUAACAACACCGGCUCCUCGCCGCGUGUUUAUACUGUUGGCCACGUUGGUGCUGCUACUGUCUACACGCUCCCCGAAAACAGCUCUAUCCCCCAGAAGAACAAGCUUGGUGAUUUCGUGGACCGUACUACCAACGGUGCCUCACUCAAGUUCAGCUCGUCAAGCGUGCUUGUCGCUGCUGGCGGCUCCGCCGUGGUAAAGGUCACUGCUACUCCCCCGAAGGGCCUUAUCUCCCACCGUAUCCCAGUCUAUAGCGGGUAUAUUACCUUUAAUGGAACGAGCUCUAACGACUCCUUCUCCGUUCCUUACUUGGGUGUUGCCACCGCUAUGCGCAACGUGACCAUCCUGGACACUAAGGAAGGUAGCAUGUACCUCACCGACAGCGCCACCAACGAGCGCGUUCAAGCCAACCAACAAUUCGUUCUUCCCAACGAAAAUGCUCCUAUCAACCAAGCAAACACCAGCUACCCCAUCUUCCAGACCAAGCUUUCUAUGGGCACGGAUUUGCUUCUCAUCGGUGUCAAAGCUGCCAAUAGCAGCACUAUCUUCCCCGUGGCUGCCCCGAAGACGGCCCUUCCUCGGACUGUUAAGGGUCUUACUGAUCUCAAAGCCACUUCUUUCACGGGUCAGCUGGCAAAUGGCUCAUAUGUCCCCGCUGGCAAUUACUCGCUUGUUGUGCGUGCGCUGAAGAUCUUUGGCAACCGUGCUAAUCCGAGGGAUUAUGAUACUGUGAAGACAGUCAACUUUGGGAUUACAUACGCACCUGCCCCUGCUAAUUAA